AUGGAAACUUGCUGGGAUGAACUAAAUCAACAGGAAGAGGAAUUAUCAGAGCAACCCGAAAAGGAAUUCGGUAAAACAAUAACACUAAUACAAGAAGAAUUGACAGAAUACUUUACGCAUUAUCAAUUAAUUACGACUGGUAUAAGUGUAAUAUCAAUGCGAUAUCAGUCGUAA